AUGACUCCGCUUUCGGUUUCGCCUGUUCCGUCCGCUCUCUCCUCCACGGCAAACUCGAGACAUUCGCAUGAGCUUCGAGAUGGAGAUCACUCGGUAACAGGAGCCAUUGCGGGCUUAAAUCUUUCCGUGGCAAACGGAGAAGGGCAUAUAGACGUACCAUCCGUUACCUCCUCUCCUGCACCUAAACCGGCUUCUUCUACUAGACCGAAGAUGGCCACCCGCCUCUCUCGCAUGUUUACCGGUAACGGAAAAACAAAUACUGUUAGAGAAACCCAUGAAAUUCGACGUGAUCUUUCAGACAGCAGUCAAGAAAGUGUCAAUGUACCCAGCAAAACCCCCAGUCAAAAAGAAAAGCCGCCCACCUCCAAGCCCACCUCAAAACCUGUGUCAAGAACCAACUCGAGACCCUCUUCUCAGACUCCGUCUAGACCAGGAUCUUUGAAGAACGAGCCCAUCGACAAAGAGAAGAAGAAACCUAAUCUCAAGGAGCAGAAAGAUGGUGCUGCUGCACCACAUAAACGAUUCGAGGUCCUCCCAGAGGACGUCGGCACCCACUCCCAUAAUCUGCGAAGUGCCAGACGGCAAGAAAAGUUGACAGAUCUUCUGCGUGAUAUGCUAGGUGGUGGACGGAAGAAAGAUGAUCAAGUCGAUGAACAGCAGCUUUCCCUCAUGUCCACCUGGAUUGACCAGUUCAAGACUGAACGGGAUAAGUUGGCUGCCGAUAAAAAGGGUGGCCCCAAUGCCACAGCCUCCCUAGUCGAUAAAUACGGCAAAUGCCAAGAAAUUGUUGGCCGUGGUGCUUUUGGAAUUGUCCGUAUCUCGCAUAAAGUUGACCCACAAGAUUCCAAGUGUGAACAGCUGUAUGCUGUCAAAGAGUUCCGUCGUCGCCCGCAAGAAACCGCAAAGAAAUAUCAAAAGCGACUUACCUCGGAGUUUUGUAUCUCGUCUUCCCUCCGUCAUCCGAAUGUAAUCCACACGCUGGAUCUCUUGCAAGAUGCCAAGGGCGACUACUGUGAGGUUAUGGAGUACUGCGCUGGUGGUGAUCUCUACACACUGGUUCUUGCGGCAGGAAAGCUCGAAGUUGCUGAAGCUGACUGUUUCUUCAAGCAAAUGAUGCGUGGUGUCGAAUAUAUGCACGAAAUGGGUGUCGCCCACCGUGACUUGAAACCCGAAAAUCUAUUACUGACAACCCGCGGUGCGCUAAAAAUUACCGAUUUCGGAAAUGGCGAGUGCUUCCGUAUGGCUUGGGAAAAAGAAGCCCACAUGACCGCCGGUCUCUGUGGAUCUGCUCCUUACAUCGCCCCUGAGGAAUACACCGAAAAGGAGUUCGACCCCAGAGCAGUCGACCUAUGGGCCACCGGAGUCAUAUACAUGGCCAUGCGCACUGGACGUCAUCUGUGGCGUGUGGCCCGCAGUGACGAGGACGAAUUUUACCAACGAUAUUUGGAGGGGCGCAAGCAUGAGGAUGGUUAUGCGCCUAUAGAGACAUUACAUCGGGCUCGUUGCCGCAACGUUAUCUACUCCAUCCUGGAUCCAAAUCCAUCCCGCCGUAUCAAUGCUUCUCAGGUCCUCAAGUCUGAAUGGGUUCGCCAGAUAAAAUUGUGCAAGGCUGGCCAGGAAGGAUUCUAA